ACAUUUGAUGUAGAGGGAUGAACUCCAUGAAAACUAACGUCAAAUAAAACUUGGUAGUUCUUAAGGCCCCUUUAUUGAUCUGCAACAGAUCAUUUCCAAGCCUGUUGGAAAGCAGGAAUCUCUACUCAUAAGAGUUAACAUGGAUAUUUCUUCUUCUGGAAUGAUACUCUGCACUCAUUGAAACCUUCUACCGGUUCUAGGAAAUGGUCCCUAGUGCUCUGGCGAAGGAAGUUACAGAAGUCUUGUGGUGGUAGUGGGCUGUAGUAAUUCAGGUUGCAGAGGGGUGGAUUUACUAUACAGGAUAGAACUGCAAAAAGACGGUGCCAUGUUCGAACGGUUCUCCCUCCUAGACGCGUGCAUACACACAAAAUCCGAAGUACUGUUGCACCUUUAAGACUUCACGUGUAUCUCAGUUGCCAAAGUAGUUACUUCUCCCUUUUCCUCUUUAUUUCAUUUACGAGCUUUCGUGGGUUACAAACAGUCCAAUCGUAGCGGACGCACACUCCCGCUGAAACAGAUCUCUUCGUCUCAAAGGAGACAAGAGUAUUUUUGAUGCCCAUUUUGUUGUAAUUUUGUCCGUUGUUGCCGGAAGGGGCCAACGCAGCUGCUACCCUUCCAAAAGCGCGCCCGCGCACUGCCUGCAAGUAACGCAAAGCAGCGCAUCAUCAGAUCGGUAGCUUUCUCCUUACAGCGCCGACUUUCUAGUUGCAGAGAGAACUACCGUGUCCUUUCUUUCCAAAAAGGCAAAGGAGCGGAACGCCACAGCCUCUGCCCUUCGCAGGAGGCAGCCGGCCAGCCUCUUCUCCCCCAUCCCGAGCAGGUCGCGUCCGCGAAGGUCCGCUUCCCCGACGACGGAGGAGGGCGCCUUCCCAGCGGGUGCGGGAGCCACCGCCAUCCCCCCUCGUUGGUCUCCCUCCCUUGGCUCGGCUCUGCCACUGAUUGGCUCUCGCUCUGGGGCUGUUUUUCCGUCCGGCUGGAUUUUCUCCACUUCCCCUCACUUAACCACCAUCCCCCACCACUCACCACCCCCGGUCCUGGCAACUGGGUGAGAAGGAAGAGAGGCAGCUGUUGCUGCUUUUCACCAUGGCUUGGGGAAACCCAGCACCCAGGGCCUGGCCUCUGGGCGUGAGAAGCUUCACCAGCGCCGCGCAAGAGAGCAGCCCGCCGUAGCUUGUCGUUGCUGCGCUGAAAAUAUUCCCAUUGUUCAUCGUGUCUGCAUGGAGAGAAAGAUGGGUGAAGCUGUUGCCAGAGUAGCAAGGAAAGUGAAUGAAACAGUUGAGAACAGAGCAGAUUUUCUGGACUUGGCUGAUUGCAAACUAAUGACCUUCCCCAUUGCCCUUUACAAAGUCAUGAGGCACGUCUCUGAAGGCAUUCAUCUCAUCACUCUAGCCAAUAAUGAGCUGAAAGCUGUGACCAGCAAGUUCAUCAUCACCUUUAGCCAGCUGAGAGAACUUAAUCUGGAAGGGAAUUACCUUCAUCGCUUGCCAGAAGAGGUCCGAACCUUGUCACAUCUGAGAGUCAUCAACCUUUCCAGGAACAAAUUUCAGCACUUUCCAGAGCAACUGACCUCCUUGCAGGCUCUUGAAACAAUCAAUCUUGAAGAGAAUGAGAUUGCAGAUGUUCCUGUUGAGAAGCUGGCCUCCAUGGAGUCUCUCCAGAGUGUGAACCUGAAGUCAAACCCUUUAAAUGAGGAAGUCCGGGUGAUUGCCAGACCACUGAUUAAGUUUGACCUCCUGACAUCUCCAGCCAUUCCCCAUGUUUGAAACAUGGCAAAUGUGGGUGUAUAGCUGUAUCUGGUCAUAGCUAUAUUGAGAAAUCGAUGCAGUGUUUGCUGAGCUAGAAAGCUACCAUAGCUUGGCUGAAGUGCCGCUGCUCCUGCAUGUAUUAGAUUUCAUGGGCUCCCAGAGUAAUUGGAAGCAGGAUGUUUUUGUCAGUGACUCUUGAAAAGAAAAUCUUUGCUGGACUGUGGACAUGUUAGAAGCACAGAGUGCCUCCAAAAAAAAAAACCCCCGCUGAUGAUCUUUUAAAUUGUUAUAGGAGAACAGUUUUCCAAGGACAAAAAGUCUUCUCUUAGACACUGUCGUGCAGAGGAAAAACAAGGACAGAAAUGGAAUACAGUGUUCACCACAUCCAGUGAAUUUAGAGCAGGAGUGACCAUUAGAUUUUAGGGUGGGAGUGACCAGCUAGAUAACUGAGGGAUGACUAACCAAGGAUGGCCAACUCAUGUACCUCAUGAAGACGUUGCAGCGUCUACUCGGUACUAGAUGGAAAUGCUACUCACCAUUGCACUUGUUUUUGCACAAGAAAACUAAUUUCAAAAGGUAUGUGUCUGACUGGCACACGCUUAAAAUAUUAGAUCUUUUCAGGAUUUGUACCUACAAGCCAGUGGGUCCUCAUUGUUUUAUUAGAGUGAUCACGGUGUCUGGCAACAUACCCAACAUACCCAGUGUCUGAAAACUUACGUGGCCAUCCAGAGCAUCAAAUGUCACCAGUUAGAUUAGCGACUUCAUAAAUAUGUGAGUGUAAAUACAAUUAUAGGACAAGUCACUAUUUCACUAUAGGAAGUAAUUUCCACUUUUGAAGAAGAGUUUCCUUAAAUCUGCUAUAUUUGAUUUUUCAAUGAAUUUCAGAUCCAGUACCACAUGAAAUCAGAAAAACCUGUUCGUGAUUGUACAUAUCUUCUUUACAAAUGGCCUUCAACCAUCCUUUUCUAAAAUAACAGAUUACUAUUCCUUGUAGGCUGUUCUUGCGUGAACAACUGAAUAAUUGUUUUUGUUUUCCUUCUUUAAUAUACUGUUUCUAGCUGAUAUUCUUUCCUCACUUUUUCUUUUUGCAGUGGUGCAGCCAAGCUCAUAUAAAGUAUAUUCAGCUUGGUAUCAUAUCACUAUUUGCCAGAGAUGCAAAAAAAUAUUUUUUCCAAAAAUACACCUUCUAGAGUUACUGCUUCAUGGUACAGUGGUUAAACUGCAGUACUGCAACAAAAACUCUGCUCAAGCGUGAGUUCAAUCCUAUGUAAUCUACUUGAGGUUGACUCAGCCUUCCAUCCUUCCAAGUUUGGUAAAAUGAGUAACCAGCUCAUGCAGAGGUGUGUGUGUG